AUGAAACUAAAUGGGAGGAGAGUUCAGUUUGAGAUUGACACAGGUUGCAGUCUCACAGUAAUGAGUGAGAAGACAUUCCUAACAACAUGGAGAACCAACAAGACUCCUUGUAUUAAACCAGUACGACUCAAGUUGGAGACAUACACUGGGGAUCGAGUUGAAGUUGUGGGAGCAGCUCAAGUCCAAGUCAAGUACAAAAAGCAAAGAGCUAAACUGGCCCUAGUGGUUGUGAAAGGAGAUGGUCCCUCAUUACUAGGCAGAUGCUGGCUAGAGGACAUUCAGCUGAAUUGGAAAGAAAUAAAAGCCAGACACAAAGAAAGACAAGUACAUCAGAUACACACAGACCAGAAAACAGUGGAAACAAAAGUGACCUUACAAGAAGUACUGUGCAAACAUGAUGAAGUUUUCAAGGAGGAGCUGGGCACUUUAAAGGGCACCAAAGCCACUAUUCAUGUGAAGGGAAAUGCUGUUCCGCGCUUCUUCCGUCCAAGGUCUAUUCCUUAUGCCAUGAGAGCAAAAGUGGAUGAGGAAAUUGACAGACUGUUAAAAGAAGACAUUAUCACACCAGUUAAGUACUCAGAAUGGGCAGCACCAGUGGUACCUAUCCUGAAACCAGUGGGCACAGUCAGAUUAUGUGGAGAUUAUAAACUAACUGUAAACACCGUGUCAUCCCUUGAGCAGUAUCCGAUACCCAGAGUUGAGGAUUUGUUCAAUGCACUUGCAAAGGGUAAGCAGUUCUCUAAGUUAGACAUGAGUCAUGCUUAUCAACAGAUACUUAUGGAUGAGGACUCCAAGAAAUACCUCACCGUGAAUACGCACAGGGGAUUGUUCACCUACAACAGGCUUCCAUUCGGUGUGGCCUCUGCCCCGGCCAUAUUUCAGAGAACGAUGGAGAGUCUUUUAUGUGGGAUUCCUCUAGUAGCUGUGUAUCUAGAUGAUAUAUUGGUAAGUGGCAUGGACCAAUCUGAUCACCUAAAAAACCUAGACUCUGUGCUAAACAGAUUGAAAGAAGCGGGACUACGCCUUAGGAGAAACAAGUGUACGUUCCUUCAAGAUGAAGUGGAGUACUUGGGCUACAAAGUCGAUGCACAAGGAUUACACCCCAUUGCCCAAAAGGUCAAAGCAAUCCAAGAUGCUCCUGCCCCAGCAAAGGUUUCAGAGCUGAGAUCAUUCUUGGGAUUGUUAAACUACUACAACAAGUUUCUUCCAAACCUGGCAACCCUGUUGGCACCAUUACAUGAGUUGUUGAGACAUGAUGUUCGUUGGAAAUGGGACAAAGAACAAGAAGAGGCAUUCCAAAAGGCAAAGGACUUGCUUAACACUUCAGAUGUUCUUGUACACUACUCAGCUGACCGUGAGUUGGUUUUGGCGUGUGAUGCUUCCCCUUACGGAGUGGGGGCGGUAUUAUCACAUAUCAUGGAAAAUGGAAGUGAGAGACCAAUUGGAUUUGUGUCCCGUACCUUACAACCUGCUGAGACAAGAUACUCACAGUUGGAUAAAGAAGGACUUGCGGUCAUGUUUGGGAUUGAAAGGUUUCAUAGAUAUAUAUAUGGUCGAAACUUUACCAUUUACACGGAUCACAGGCCAUUGAUUUAUCUGUUCAAUGAGAAGAAGCCAAUUCCUCAAAUGGGAUCACCUAGAGUGCAGCGGUGGGCUGUGAAGUUGAGUGCAUACAAAUACAACAUUGUCUACAAACCAGGCAAACAUCAUGCAAAUGCAGAUGCCGUGAGCAGGAUGCCAGUUCCUGUCAAGUUAAGGAAAGAGGAGAGUACUGAGCAAGUACUUAUGAUGGACAUGUUGGAUGACACAUUGAUAGAUGCAAAGCAGAUAAAGAGCUGGACGGCAAAAGACACUGUUUUAUCACAAGUUCAUGAAUACAUCCUGAAAGGGUGGCCCACAGAAACCGAUCCAAAUCUGAAAGCUUUCCACCAGAGAAAAUUGGAGCUCGGUGUUAGAGAUGGCUGCGUUCUCUGGGGAGCUCGGGUGGUCAUCCCUGCCAAAGGAAGAGAUAGGAUGUUAAAAAUGUUACAUCAAACUCACACAGGAAUGACUAAAAUGAAAGGUUUGGCAAGAUCAUACAUGUGGUGGCCGGGAAUGGAUCAGGAUGUAGAGAGAACGGUUCAAGCAUGUCACGAAUGUCAGGCACAUCAAAAAGCACCUGCUUCUGCUCCUCUACACCCGUGGGAAUGGCCUGAAUCACCAUGGUCAAGGAUUCAUGUGGACUAUGCAGGACCUUUUCUAGGAGAAAUGUUUCUCGUAAUUGUGGAUGCACAUUCAAAGUGGUUGGAUGUUUACCCUACAAAAACAUGCACAUCCUUAGUCACCAUCGAGAAACUCAGACAGAGCUUUAGUAAUUUUGGAAUACCAAAAAUGCUGGUGUCCGACAAUGGAACUUGCUUCACAAGUGCUGAGUUUGAAGCGUUCAUGAAGCAAAAUGGAAUCAGUCAUGUGAGAUCCGCUCCUUUUCACCCAUCCUCAAAUGGACUCGCAGAGAGAGCAGUUCAAACUUUUAAAGAGGGGAUGAAGAAGAUGAAAGAAGGGACAAUACAAACAAGGUUAUCAAGAUUCUUGUUUAGCUACCGGAUCACACCUCACGCUACAACAGGCUUAUCACCUGCCGAACUCAUGAUGUCACGCAGACUAAGGUCCGCCCUGGAUUUGGUUGUUCCGGAUUUGAAAACCAAAGUGCAACAAAAGCAACUUAAACAGAAAGAAAAUCAUGACACACGGAGUAAGCAGAGAGGGUUUACGUCAGGAGAGGACGUACUCAUCAGGAACUAUUCCUAUGGACCGAAAUGGAUUCCUGGUGUUAUCCAAAACACUUCAGGACCCCUUUCCUAUACCGUUAGUGUUGGUACUGGUCAAGUUGUGAAAAGGCAUGUAGAUCAAGUAAG